AUGCUCGCUUCUCCCCCACCAUCCACCACCAAAGCCGACAAGACUACCCCUUCGCCACCGACAAAGUCUUUCGGCUCUCCAUCACCUCUUCAACGAGGCCGUAGAAGUUCCGAUUCCCCCCGUCUUAGAAGAUUGGCACCAGCACCUCUCCGCAUACCUCCCACACCUCCACCGUCACUCUCGAAACUACGCCAUGUACGUCGAGAACCUGCGCCACCCCUCCCGCCUCUCACUCAUCUUGGCUCUGCACCUCUUCGAACUGGACCAAAGAGGACUGGAUCAUCCCUCCGACCCAAAAUAGAGGUUCCAGGACAUGUGUUCACUUUCAAACCACUCGAGGAUGAUAUCGAGAAAGAAAUACAAUCACUCCAAUCGAGUGACAAUGUCGCGAAUCUGGAGCCAAAUGCUUUCACCACUCCGGAAACCAAUAAGAAUCCAGAAGAAUUUCCAGACGACAAGGUCGAGGUGUACGACUUUCAACCUCUUGAAGUCAUCCCUGAGUUCGAUGUGCCGUCUUCGCCGCUUGAAGCCAAAAAUACCAAUCUGUCAUUAUCGACCAUUGGCCCAAAAGGUGCCGAUAACAGCAACACACUCUCCUCUUCCCGCGCCGUUGAUGACUCCAAGCAAUAUCCCUCUUCUGAUCGUUUCGAUGACGAUCAUCAAAACUCUUCCUUGCACCCUAUCGAUAAAAUGUCUCCAUGCCCUAAGCCGGCUGAUUCAUCGCUUGUGACAGGUGAAUCAAAUUGCUGCCCACAUGCUGCCGGAGUUACAAUGGAGGUGGAAAUCGACAUCUCAACCGCACACGCCAAUCUUGGAGAUCCCCUCGAUAUGUUAUCCAGGAGUGGAGACGCCCUCCUUCCCCCGGAAGAAUUCAUGGCGCGUCAUUCAAUACCUCGUCCUGUGCUCGUCCAAUUCCGAGACGUAUUUGCUUUCUCCGAAGAUGGUCAGCCUGUCGACACUGUUCCACCUGAGUCUCAACCGACGGCACUUACAGCCGACCUUCUCAGUGUCCGGGAGAACUUCGAUGGGCCUAGUGAUGUCUCUCGAUUCGGAGGAACGUUUGGACCCGUCCAAAUGAGCGAGUCACUCCGUAAAAGGUCGCAUUCCAAAGGAAGCAGGGCCAGCAUCGAUUCGAAGAUUUCCGAUGCCGGGACUGAAUGGACCUAUUCUUUGUCUGCGUACGAUCGCGACGAGUUGAUACAUGAACGUAUGUUGUCUGAUGAUCGACCAGAGGUACCCAGAGUUCCCUCACAACAUCUCAAAGAGUCCACACUUGACACUGUCUCUGGGGGUGUUUCUCGUACUGGUAGGUACGAACACGCUGCCAAAUCUGCCCCUCUUCCACCCAACGAGGAGGACGUCCCAACCUUCACUGGACUAAGUGCACCUAAUCGAAAACAUGAACCUCCUCUAACCGCCCCACUUGAUAAAAGCUUCGGUAUAGGUCUAGGUCUUUCACAUAUGCGCAAACGGUCUUCGGGAAUUGAAAAGGCUCUUGCGACAGCGAGAAGCGAAAGCUUGUAUCCCCCAUCGACUGCAUCGCAGACUUCUUCAGGACAAGUGACACCUUCGUUGUAUUCGAUAGACCCACUCGACACGAGCUAUUCGAUGUCUUCCUCUGGAUCUGGCUCAGGAGGUGUGCCACUGGCAAGGAAUCUGGGCAGCCUCAGAGGUCGGAGUAUCACGCAUAGCUCGUCGUCUUCGAGAUCUCAGGUCGCGGAUUCUCUCCCUGCGUCGCCAGUUUCGUCAAUACCGAGUAUCCCAGAGGGAGAGCAAACCUGGCCACUCAAAUUCAGAUUCUUGAGGUCAUGGAAACCAACGCAUUUUCAGAAUCUUGAAGAGUUGGAUAAACAAAGAGCGAUCUUGUAUCAAGACCCACCGCCUCCUACUCAGCAGUUCAAAGAAACCGGAGCGUGGGAGUUUGGUCAGAAUCCACGGAAGCGUGAUAGAUGGCGAGUCAAAGCGAGUACUGUUGAUGAUCCGCCGGUGUUGAAGAAGAUAUCAUCUGAUAAUCCUACCGUGGCCGACAUCAUGUCGAAAGAGGGUAAUUUGCAUGGUCGAGAACAAGGAAUUUACGUGUUACGAGGUACGGAGAAGAAUGGUGUGGAGUGGCAAUUUGUCUAUAUGACAGCUCGUUAUGCAGACCCUGAAACGGGUGAAGAGCUUAAACGUGAAAGGAUGUUCACUCCUAUUUCAUUACAUAUUUCUCCCAACAUCAUCGACUGUCCCCCUCUGACACGCAAAUCCGCUUGGGCGUUUGGAAAGUCUAGACGACUCGAUGCUAUCAUGCUCCCACCUUACCGUACUGGUAAACCCCCACCUCGAUCCCCCUGUCAACUCACAGAAGCCGUCAUGCAUGCUGCGGAUCAAGCUGGUCAAGACGCCGCAAUCGAGGACGAAGUCUAUUUUGGAACCAUGAUGGACAAGAGUAAAAUGCCUACGGACGUUCCUAUGUCAGCAACGAGUGAAGCUAUGCAAAUGGCUUCGGGUUGGCCUCGACAUGGAGAUUCUCAAUCCCCACAUCCCACAUUGAAAUUCGCCAUAACCAGUGUGGAUAAAGAAGGAUCAAUAUUUACGAUCAAAAAUAGAGGUAGAUCCAAUACUACUUCCACUUGGGCAGGAAGAGAUCCAUCACCUUCUGAAUCUUCUUCAGUCAAAGAAGGAGGUUUGAAAUUGAUAACGAAAAAGUCUUUAAGUUCUUUGAAACAAAUGUUCAGUCAAAAGAAUACAACGGACGAUUCAGAAUCUGAAAGUGUGCCACCUUUACCUACUCCAAGUUCUACAACUUCAUCAACAUGGCACAGUUCUAAUGGAUCUGUCAUUUCCACCUUUUCUGAUCCGACUUCAAAAGGACCAAGGAGAGCUAGAGCAAUGACUAGGACCGAUGGAUCUUUACAUAAUUCAGGUUCGAAUAGUGCAAAAUUACCAAUUCGUGAUCCACAUCCAUUCGCUACUCAUAUGAUCCCAUUACCACUACCAACUGCUCCUCUUCCCAACAUGUCUGGAAUGGUUCCAGGGGGUGGAUCUGAUCAACAUCAUCAACAACAACAAUCACAUCCUUCUGGGAUUUCUGGGGUUUUGAGGAAUAUAGAUCCUAAUCGACCUGCUUCUACUUUGGGACAUAGAGAAUUGUCGAAAACAUCUACGAAAAGUACUAGUAGUUUAAGAUCUUUGAAAACGAAUAUGAUCAUUCGUCCAGAUAGUCAACCUGGUCCUCAUUCUCAGUCGAAUUCAACAUUAUCACAAUCACAUCCUCCUACUCAAUUACCUUCUCAGAUAUUAUCUUCGGAAAGAGCACAUCAUGCUAGAUGCGCAAGUAAUCGUAGUAUAACCUCCCGACCUCCAUCUUCAUUAGGAAUAGGACAACCAUCCUCUAUGACAUAUGAACAAACAAGAUUUUCAAGUAAUAUCAGUACAACAUCUUCAUCCACCACUUCCAAUUCCACUUCCAACUCCAAUUCUCAAAUUUCAGAUCAUUCGAGAAAUUCAAGUAAUAACAGUACUGGUAUGACAAAUAAUAAAAACCGACUUGGUCUUUCACGUCUUAGAUCAUCAACAAGACCAAAUUCAACUUCUUCGAUAUCUUCUCAACCUACAACAUGUAUCCCUACACCUCCAACAAGUUGUACAUCUAUUCAAUUCCCUAAUAAUCUUCAACAAACGAAUGUUGAUAUUUCUCAAUCUCAUGGAUCACGUAAAUUCUGUCCUAAUACACCGAAAACCAUCAAUAUCAACGAAACGGUCAGAUCACCUUCACCAACAAGUACAGUAACCCCAGGUCAAGUAUUACUCACUCCUACUCCUAUACGAUUACAAGGAAGGGAAUUUAUACUCGCUCCUAGUUCUAUAGAAAGGGCUUUGAAUAGUGGAAUGGGAGAAAGAUUAGAAGUUCCUGAUCAAGAAGAAUUACAUGCUAUGGUAGUUACAGGUGGAUUAACACCUGCACCUAGACGUCCGGUAUAUAGGAGAAGACCUAGUACCGCGGAUCCGAUCUUACAAAGGAGUCCAAAACGGGGAGAGUGA